UGUUUGACGACAAGGUUUCCGAUCCGCACGCUAGUGCUUAAGAUUUAUCAUGAAUUUGAUGGUGUUUCAUUUGUUUCUGCUACUGAUAUUGCUACAGAAUGGCUUGACAUGCGGUAAAAAUGUCCUUGUCCUCGUUGCUGAUGAUGGUGGAUUUGAGAUGGGAGUGUACAACAAUACAGUUAUCAAGACUCCUCAUCUGGAUGCAUUAGGCAAGCAAAGUCUGGUCUUCAAACAUGCCUAUACCUCCGUCAGCAGCUGUUCACCAAGCCGUUCGGUCAUCAUGACGGGACUACCUCAGCACCAGAAUGGGAUGUAUGGACUACUCAAUGGCUAUCAUCAUUUCAACUCUUUUGAUGAAGUCAGGAGCUUGCCUAUGCUACUAGGUCAAGCAGGUGUGCGUACAGGAAUCAUUGGAAAGAAGCACGUUGGUCCAGAAGCUGUGUAUCCGUUUGAUUAUUCUAAGACACCUGAAGAUGGUUAUCCGAUCAUGCAAGUUGGUCGAAACAUCACAUUGAUCAAACAAUAUGCCAGAGAGUUCCUUCAGACCAAUGAUACCAGACCUUUCUUCCUUUAUAUUGGCUUCCAUGAUGCACACCGUUGUGGCCACACCCACCCUGAAUUUGGUCAGUUCUGUGAGAAGUUUGGUAACGGUCAGCCAAACAUGGGUACCAUAACUGACUGGACACCGGCCAAAUAUGAUCCUAACGAUGUGAUAGUACCUUAUCAUGUUCAAGAUACACCGGUAGCUAGAGACGAUAUAUCGGCACAGUAUACAACAGUUAGCAGACUUGAUCAAGGUGUUGGUCUGAUGAUGAAAGAACUUGAAGCAGCAGGAUACCUAAAGGAUACUCUCAUCAUCUACACCUCAGAUAAUGGUAUUCCAUUUACCAGUGGACGUACUAACCUGUAUGAAUGUGGGUCUAGAGAGCCCUUCAUGAUCUCAUCUCCAUUUCAUCAAGAGCGAUGGGGUCAGACCAGUGAUGCCUUUAUCAGUCUGAUGGAUAUCACUCCCACUGUCCUGGACUUCUUCGGCAUCAAGUACCCAAAGUAUAAGAUCUUCAAGGGAUCGGUGCAAUUGACGGGGAAGUCCCUUCUGCCAGCGUUGACCUCUGAACCCUCAGGUUGGAAUGUGAGUCUGUCCAGUCAUGACUUGCAUGAGAUCACUAUGUUCUACCCUCAGCGAGUCAUCAGGACGCCACGUUACAGACUCAUUCACAAUCUUAACUUUGCUAUGCCGUUUCCUAUUGAUCAAGACUUCUUCAUCUCACACACAUUCCAAGACAUCUUGAACCGCACCAGGUAUCACAAACCCUUGCACUGGUACAAGACACUCAAAGACUACUACUACCGACCCGAGUGGGAACUCUUUGACCUCACUGAUGACCCCACAGAGGUCAAUAACCUUGCCUAUGUGGGCAAGUAUAAAGGCCUUCUAGUCGAUCUUCAGGAGCACUUGGUUGAUUGGCAGAAUGUCACUAAUGAUCCAUUCCGAUGUUAUCCAUGGGGUGUGUUGGAGGAUGCAGGGGAUUAUAAGUACAGUCCUACAUGCUUACCCCUUGAUAAUGGACUAUGAACUUUUCAUCAGUUCUAAAACUGUUUUAUAACACCUAAUCCGAUUUUGUAUGUUUAUUAAGGAAAUGGCUUAUUAAUGUUAACAAUGUCAUUUUGGUAUAACACUUUCACUAUAUAAACACUUUGGUACCACAUAUUCCGCAUACUCUAGCCAGAAUUAUCUUGGGCUUCAUUUUCAGCUGGUUAAAACAAAUAUAAGGAGGGGAUUUGGCCUGAUGAAGCAAGUUGGUUUGAGGAGGCGAGUGUUCAGUUGGUAGUGUGCCUGCCUGUUGAACCACAUAUCAUGAGUUUGAAUCCAACUUGGGCAGAGGAUUGAAGCCUGCAUUUUGUGUCGUUAUGCCCCUCCCUUGGUUUAAGACACACAAGCUACAUGAACUGUAAGGUGGAAAACAAAGACCCCUGGAUAGGAUGUUAAAUGGAGGCUCUGUGUGUGAGAGAGUCAUGCAUGUUAGAACCCACUUCAGUCAUAAAAGAGUAGGAAACCCCUGUGAAGUGGUCCAAUCAGUUAUGCAGGUGGGGGGGGGGGGGGGGGGACCCGAAGGCUUGGUGAUUUAAUUCACUUUUCUCAUCCUUGGCAAAGGGUGAUAUCAAAUACAUUAAACAGCAACAGUGAUGUACAAGGUACAUGCCUGCCACAAACAGUUGAGAAUAAGGAAAAGGGUGAGCAAGGAGCCUGUACCAAUAAUAUGAUUUAAUAGGCACAAAGAGAUUGAGAAGUAUUUUAUGAUAAUUGUUGAUUUCUGAAUAUUUAUGAUAUUUUUGUGGUCAGUCGACUUUGCUUUGUCUCUUUAAAUUUGAAAGACUUAUAUUAAAUAUUGUUAAUUUACCUUUUAUGUGACACAAUUUUGUUUACUGGUUAAGUGUACCACAGUACUAUUAACAUAUAUUACACAUCCAAAAUGUUGUUCAUGUAAGGGAAAGUCCCUUACUGCCAAUUUGUAGAUUUUUUAGUACAUAUUUAUUUGAGGCCAACAUAAAUUUCAUUAACUAUUAAAAAGUACACAAAUUCUUAAAAUUCAUGAACAUUCACAAAAUAUUCUAACUGAUUCUUUCUCUUUCUACACAAAAGACGAAUGUUAUUUGGUUGGCAAAGCAUUUACAGGAAUGUGGUGUAUGUUCAAUGUGGUUGAAAUAAAAAUGCUUAUUCAGGGUUGGUAUGAUUCAAAUUACCAUGAUUUAAAUCAUUGCCUUAGGUUGUAGAAUCGUGUGUUAUAUAGAGAAAUACUCUAUUCCAUUUACACUAUGCAGGGAUAUUCAUGUGCAUACACUUGUUUAUACCACUAACAUGUUUUUUUUUUUAAUGGAUUUAUUUUAAAUGGAGGUGCACUAAUGAGGGUUCAAAUGCGUACUGAUUUGUUUAAAAAUUUGUUAUAGCUGUUUUUGUCAACAGAUGUUAUAUGUCAAACAUCCAUCCCUAAGGAUACUAGUUAAACUAGUCAUUGUUUUUAUUGUUCCAUUAUGUACAUAUGUACAAUGUUCAUUGUUCAUUAAGUGGUCCCGAAUAUAAUGGCUUUUGCUAAUUUAGUUUUAUUCAUUCACUUUGUUUCAAACUUUAGAGUAAGAUUGAAAGUCAUCAUGAAAUAUGAAUUUAUUUUAUAUGGCUAGCUAUAUUUUAAUGGCUUCACUUUAAUGAAGCAUGUAUGAAAACUAAACACAUUUUAUUAAUGAAAUUACUAACAUUUCAAUAUGUAAUACUUAUAUCGGUAGGAACUAUGAGCUCAAGAUUUAAAUGUUCAAAACUUUAUUUUAAUUGAUUUUUGUUGUUGUGCACACUCUCGCUUGUUUUGGUCCCCCUUUUUCCAUCAUGUACUGUAAUAGUUAUUUAGGCUCUUUCCCUCUCUCUCCUUAACUUUGCAACAGAUAUUGAGAUGUUCUCUCUCUCUCUCUUUCUCUCUCUUUUCCAUCUAUAUCACUCUAAACUGAACGUUUAACUUUUGAAAUAUUAAUUCAUGUAGCUGAAUGAGUAGAGUCUAGUGUCCAAAGAAUGAUCUAGUCUCCAUUCAUUUGACAAUCAUGUAUGUUAUGCCAAUCCACCUUUUAAAACAUUUAAAACAUUUUUUAUGUUACAGUAAAACCAAUUCAUACAUGUAAACCUGCAACUAUUUUUUUAUAUAUUAACUUAAAAUGAAUAAACUUUGAUUAUUAACAAAACUG